UUUGACCAAACACCUUUAAAAAAAACCUUUUCAGGUCGCAGCUUUAAUGGGCGAUUCUGGCAGUGGCAGGAAAUUAAGCUUUAUUUUGGCUAGCUUUACACUGGUCCAGAGAAAGGAAAGGAUGUGACUGCAGCCUCUCUUGCAUGCCUCGUUGGCCCGUUACUCGAUUCGCCGUUUUGUUUGUGUCCCUUUUCCUGCCUUCUACUGUCAAAAUGGAGCUCGGUGGAAAUUAGCAGGUUUUGGUCUGCUUUGGGUUGACUGGUCAUAAUGCUGAUGCAGCUCUGUAGUAUCAAGAACUUGUACCAGAAUCGGUUCCUGGGCCUGGCUGCGAUGGCUUCCCCAACCUGCAGCACCCGCCAGCGCUGCAAGAAUGCGGUUCGUCAAAGCUGCGGCCCAGAGACCUUUGCUGUCAAUGGUCUAAACCAGGAGGACUUCAUGCUGGGGCUCUUGCGUUCUAACAGUGACACUGACCUGGUCUCCCCAGACGCACGCUCGACUCUGACCAUCAGCUCCUCCCACUACACCAUAGGCGAGUCUGACAACCUGGUGAUCACAUGGGACAUCAAGGAGGAAGUGGAUGCUAGGGACUGGAUAGGCAUGUAUCAUGUUGAUGAGGCUUUGUCUGAGAACUUUCUGGACUACAAGAACCGAGGCAUCAACGGCUCUCACAAGGGACAGAUUGUUUGGAAAAUUGACUCUAGCUCCAACUUCAGUGACACUGAGACCAAAGUCUGCUUCAGGUACUACCACGGUGUCACCGGAGCGCUGAGGGCAACGACACCCAGCAUUACCAUAAAGAAAAGUUCUGCAACUGUAUUAAAGCCAGUGGUUAGUCCUGAAGUCAACCAUGGACUGGGCAACAGGAGACUCAUUAACUUUUCCUUGUCAGACCUCCAGGCAGUUGGUUUAAAGAAGGGGAUGUUCUUCAAUCCUGACCCCUACCUAAAGCUUUCCAUCCAACCUGGAAAGCACAGCAUUUUCCCCUCGCUACCACACCACGGCCAAGAGAAACGCUCCGGAGUGGUCUGCAACACUGUAAACCCACAAUGGAGCACGGAGAGGUUUAACUUUGUAUCUCUGCCCACUGACGUCCUGGAGAUCGAGGUUAAGGAUAAGUUUGCCAAGAGUCGGCCAAUCAUCAAGCGUUUCCUUGGAAAGCUCUCUGUCCCUGUCCAGAGGCUACUGGAAAAACAUGCCAUUGGGAAUCGGAUAGUGAGUUAUUCGCUGGGUCGCAGGUUGCCAACAGAUCAUGUCUGCGGCCAGCUGCAGUUCCGCUUUGAGCUGACUUCUUCUAUUCACCCAGAUGAUGAGGAGGUCUCCCUUGUCAUAGAGUCAACCUGUGCUGAUGGAGAAAAUGCAGCAAAUGACAACUAUGCUGCUCAUGAACAUGAUGAGGACACAAUAAGUGGGGAACCUGACAUGCCUGACCUCCUUCUAGAUACCCCUCCUGACCCUGAGACAUUGGUGCCGCAAGCUUCCACAGAGGAAGCCUCCACACCUGAGAUGGUCCAUAGUUAUGAGAUGGAAGAGGCUGAGGCAACAACAGAGGAGCAAGAAACUAUGGAGAACACAAUGAGGGAGGAGCCCCCAUCUACAGAGCCACAGGGGGAGCAAGAGGAGGGGGCCUUGGCUGAACAGCUGGAUGAGGACAGUGGAGAGGGUGAAGAGGAGGAAGGAAAGAAGGACAGGCAGAAGGGGGGAGAUGAGGAUGACCAGAGAGCAGAGUCUUCACCACAAGUUGAGGAGGAGGUGGCAGUAGAAGAAAAACAGAUUGGGAAGGAGACACAGCCAAAGCCAAACUCUGACCAUCUUGUAGUGGUAUCAGCAAACAUCACAUCCCAGGAUGCUUCUGUAGAACAAAUUGAAAGGGCCCAACAGGAGGUGACAGAGGGAGAUGAAAUAAGCAGCGUCCCCUGCACCUGCCACACCUUCUUCUCAAACUACAAUACCCAUGCUCCCUCCCGCCGCAAAAACCGUCCCUGCUCCCUUCCGGUGUCUGAGCUAGAAACGGUGAUCGCGUCGGCUUGUGGUGAGCCAGAGACACCCCGAUCCCACUACAUCCGGAUUCACCACCUCCUUCACAGUCUACCCUCGGCCCAACACAGAACCUCCAGCCAAGAGGAGGAGGAGACCAGGGAUACAAACACUACUCAAGACACCACCUCCACAUCACCAACAUUUAAAACCUCCAAAGAAGAGGAGGGGCAAGAGGAAGAGGAGGAUGCAACCCAGUCUCCCUCUCAGGUCCCAGAGUGUCUAGGCCCCUGCUGCCGUCGCUCCAUACCCCGCAGCCUCUCCAUUGAACGCUUAUCUGAGCUAAACCAGCUCCUGGAGGGUGAGGGAGGAGGACUUACAGCAGACAGGAGGAUCUCUCCCUCCUGCCUGGAGGAGGGCAGUUCCAGUAAUGGAGGAGGAAGAACAGUUAGUGGGAGCACCCACAGACAUCUGGGCGAGAAUGAGUGUGAGUUUUGCGACACCUCCUGCUAUAGCACCUCCUGCUACAGCACAUCGUGUUACAGCACGUCAUGCAACUCAGGCUACGAGGGAAGGAGCCGCUUCUGCAGCCAUACCCGCCUCUCCUCAGUUGACAGCAACAGACUCUCUUGCAGCACUGUUUUCUCUUCCCAGGAUGAAGAUGAAGAUGAGGAGAGUGCCUUUGAGUUGGUACCUGAUGGGCAUAUGUCAGAGGACCAGAAGGUGGGCGGGGCAGCAGGAGAGAGGAGGACAGGGAACUUAAAGGAGAUCAGCAGAGGAGAACCGGUGGACUCACCUGUGGCGGGGCCUAGUGAUAGAAGCAACAUUGGCUCAGUCUUCCCCCCUCCUGUUGGCCAUCUUCCAGUCCUGCGACCCAGCCAUGACCUUAACCAUUUUCCUGCUGCUACUGACCAAGCCUUACCUCCAAACUGGGAAGCUCGUAUCGACAGCCAUGGCAGAGUUUUCUAUGUGGAUCAUGUGAACCGGACCACAACCUGGCAAAGACCAAGCCACAGCACCAAAUGUAACGCCGGCAUCCCCCGCUCAGGAUCCACACAGCAAAUGGAACAACUCAACAGGAGGUACCAGAACAUCCAAAGGACCAUGGCCACAGAGGAGGACGGUGGGAGUCCGAGGUUAGAGCGGAGCAGCAGUACAGAGACUGAUUCUGAUACUGCUCAGACAGGCCCUGCAUCCCCUGUCAAUCACCAGAAGAUCAGCCAUCUCCUCCAAUCACCUGCUGUAAAGUUUAUCACACACCCAGAAUUCUUCACUGUGUUGCACAGUAACUAUGCAGCCUACCGGAUGUUCACGAGCAGCAGUUGUGUGAAACACAUGAUCCUGAAGGUGCGUCGCGAUGCCAGGAACUUUGAGCGCUACCAACAUAACCGGGACCUUGUGGUUUUCCUCAACAAGUUUGCAGACACUCAGCUGGAUCUGCCAAGAGGCUGGGAGAUCAAGACCGACCCCCAGGGCAAGUCUUUCUUUGUGGACCACAACAGUCGAGCCACAACCUUCAUUGACCCUCGCAUCCCUCUGCAAAAUGGUCGGCUCCCCGGUCACCUUGCUCACAGGCAACAUCUGCAGAGACUACGCAGCUAUAGCGCUGGGGAGGCCUCUGAAGUGUCCAGGAGUCGUGGGGCUUCUCUUAUGGCCAGGCCUGGAAACAGCCUGGUAGCCGCCAUACGAAGCCAGCACAACAAUAACUCACAACAGCUGACUGCUCCAUCUUACAAUGACAAAAUAGUGGCAUUCCUUCGACAGCCAAACGUGUUUGACAUGUUGCAGGAGCGACAGCCCAGCCUUAGCCGAAACCAUGCACUGAGGGAGAAAAUCCACUACCUUCGGACAGAAGGUACUCAAGGGGUUGAGAAGUUGUCAUGUGAUGCAGACCUAGUCAUCCUGUUAAGUUUAUUCGAAGAGGAGAUCAUGUCCUAUAUUCCGCCUCUCCCUAUCCACCCUGGCUUCAACAUCUCUCCUCGCUGUUCUCCCGCCUCCUCACCACAGCACUCUCCUGGUCUGCAAAGGGCCAGGGCUCCAGCUCCUUACCGCAGAGACUUUGAAGCCAAACUAAGAAACUUCUACAGGAAAUUAGAAGCCAAGGGCUACGGGCAGGGACCUGGCAAGAUCAAGUUGCUGAUCAGGAGAGAACACUUGCUGGAGGGAACUUUUAACCAGGUGAUGGCAUACUCGCGCAAAGAGCUACAGAGGAACAAACUCUACGUCACUUUCCUGGGAGAGGAGGGAUUGGACUACAGUGGUCCAUCAAGAGAGUUCUUCUUCCUCUUGUCUCAGGAGUUGUUUAAUCCAUAUUACGGCCUGUUUGAAUACUCAGCUAACGAUACUUACACCGUUCAAAUCAGUCCCAUGUCAGCAUUUGUUGAGAACCAUCUGGAAUGGUUCCGUUUUAGUGGUCGUAUCCUGGGCCUGGCUCUGAUCCAUCAGUACCUGCUGGAUGCUUUCUUCACCAGACCAUUCUACAAGGCCCUGCUCAGACUCCCGACAGACCUGUCUGAUCUAGAGUAUCUGGAUGAGGAGUUCCACCGGUCUCUGCAGUGGAUGAAAGACAAUAACAUCACUGACAUCCUGGACCUUACCUUCACCGUCAACGAGGAGGUCUUUGGCCAGGUGACAGAGCGUGAGCUAAAGUCGGGUGGCUCCAACCUCCAGGUUACUGAGAAGAAUAAGAAGGAUUAUAUAGAGCGAAUGGCCAAGUGGAGGGUAGAAAGAGGAGUGGUGCAGCAGACAGAAGCGCUGGUCAGAGGCUUCUACGAGGUGGUCGACUCAAGGCUAGUGUCUGUGUUUGAUGCUCGUGAGCUGGAGCUGGUUAUCGCCGGUACAGUCGAGAUCGACCUCAGUGACUGGAGGAGCAACACAGAGUACAGAGGAGGUUACCAUGAUGGUCACAUAGUGAUGCGGUGGUUCUGGGCUGCUGUGGAGCGCUUCAACAAUGAGCAACGUCUCCGCCUCCUGCAGUUUGUCACCGGUACAUCCAGCGUGCCCUACGAAGGCUUCGCCGCACUGCGAGGAUCCAAUGGCCUCCGACGAUUCUGUAUUGAGAAGUGGGGCAAAGUCACAUCACUACCCAGGGCUCACACCUGUUUUAACCGCCUGGACCUGCCUCCAUACCCUUCAUACACCAUGCUGUAUGAGAAACUGCUGAUUGCCGUGGAGGAAACCAACACGUUUGGCUUGGAGUGAUCAAGAAAAGACAUGCAAAUCAACACUGGAUUUCUCUCAGCUUGACACGUGCUGGGCUAAUUGCAAAAAAAGCAACUCCCCUGGCCUUAAUACGUGUUAAAGAUUACUAGAUUGUACUCAACAAUGUAUUUUGUAAUUUGAGUGGAUGUCACUGUUAUGGUACUGUGGUUUAGAGUCUCUCACUUUGCUAGGUGCUGGUUAUUAAGAUCCUCAUAGCUCUUAUUAGGCUACACCACAGCAGGAAAUAUGUAUCAUGAAUGAUUAAUAACAUUAUUAAUCAUCAAUAAUAUGAUUACAUUAUUAAUGAUCAUAAUUAAAAACAAUAUUACAAUAUUAAUCAUUAGAACUUGAGAAUAUGCGACUCUACAACUGCGUUUUGAAUAUAUAUACCCAAAGUAAAUGGAAUUAAAAUCAUUUAGAGU